AUGAGGCAGCAUGCAGGUUUUGUGGAUAAGGAUCAUCCAGAUCAUCUGUGUCUUCUUCGCAAAGCCAUGUAUGGUCUGAAACAGGCUCCUAGAGCCUGCUUCUCUGAUCCUUUCAUGUUUGUCUGCAUCAAAGUGACAGGAAACAACUCUAAGUUAAUCCAAGAUCUACUUGAUGCUCUCAACACUCAAUUCAAGAUGAAAGAUCUCGGUCAGCUAAGCUAUUUUCUAGGGAUUCAAAUCCAGCAUCACUCGGAUGGGUUGUUCAUGUCUCAGCAAAAGUACGCUGAAGACCGACUAGCAGUAGCACAAAUGGCUGAGUGCAGUCCUAUGCCUACCCCUCGGCCUCUUGAUCUAAAUCGAGGCAAUCUGAAAGAUGAACUCUUUCCAAACCCGACCUACUUCCGCAGUCUAGCCGGUAAGUUACAAUACUUAACUCUGACUAGACCAGACAUACAGUUUGCAGUGAAUUAUGUAUGUCAAAAGAUGCAUUCUCCUUCAGUCACUGACUUCAAUCACCUUAAGAGGAUCCUAAGAUACAUUAAGGGCACUGUCACGAUGGGCGUUUCUUUCUCGCGUCAAACUGAUUUCAGUGUGACUGCCUUUAGUGACAGCGACUGGGGUGGUUGUCCAUCUACGAGCAGAUCUACUGGAGGAUUCUCUACCUAUUUGGGGUCUAAUCUUGUUUCGUGGUCCUCUAAGAAGCAGUCUACAAUUUCUAUGAGCUCUACAGAAGCUGAAUAUUGA